AUGCUUUUCUCCAUCUCUACCCUCGCCGCUGUCUCGGCCUUUGCUUCUGCUGCUCUUGGUGCCGCUCUGCCUGUCUCUGCAAACCCAAACACUGUCGCUAAGCGUGCUCUGUCCGGUCAGGCUACCUUUUACGGUGGCAACACUUCGGGCGGCCAGUGCUCGUUCACCCAGUACACUCUCCCAUCUGGAGUCUACGGAACUGCUCUUUCCUCCUCCAACUGGGACAAUGCCGCCAACUGCGGUGCUUGCGUCUCGGUCAAAGGACCCAACGGCAAGAGCAUCACCGCAAUGAUCACUGAUCAGUGCCCUGGAUGCGGUACCAACCACCUCGACCUUUACGAGGAUGCCUUCCCCAACUUGGCUCCCAAGUCUGCUGGUGUCAUUGAUGUGACCUGGGACUAUGUUGCCUGCCCCAUUACCUCUCCUCUUUCGAUUCACAUGAAGACUGGUGUCUCUCAAUACUGGUUCUCGGCCCAAGUCGUCAAUGCCAAGCGCCGCACUACCAAGCUCGAGGUCAGCACUGACUCUGGCAAGACCUGGAAGGCUGCUGCCAGAACUACCUACAACUUCUUUGAGAUCUCCAGCGGAGCUGGUGCUUCCUCGGCCUGGAUCAGAGUCACUAGCGAGACUGGCUCGACUGUCACUGUCAAGAAUGUUUCUCAGACUGGUGAUGUCAGAGCCACUGCUACUGCCAACUACGCCUAG